GGCGAAAUCUUUUGAUUUUGUGUGAGCAGAACGCUACGAGAUGUCACACACAACCACAGGCGCCUUCCUCCAAGGCAAUCUCGAUCUCCUCAAUGACCAAGGACUCACCACGGGAGGUAGUCUGUAUACAGCGGGCACCAUUCAGGUCGCAUCGACAACCGAUUCUACCGCCGUGGGUGUCGGCUCUGUGAUCACCGCAGGCUCUGUCCAGUUUUCCGGCGGUCUCUCGGUCCAAAAGAAUCUAUAUUGCGGUGGAAGCAUUGUCUGCUCUGGCAACAUCACUGCAUCGGGUGGUCUGACUGUGACCGGUAACACCUCUCUGCAAGGCACCGUCACCGGCUCGAACGGAAUCGCCAUCUCACCACUGGUAUACUUUCUUUACAUCCCAACCAAUGGAACUACGCUUACGCUUUCCGCUGGCCCAACGUCAGGGGUGUACCUGCUGUUUAUUGGCUCAGCGACCGAUCAGGGCGUGUACGAGAUCGCUGUGGCAUGCAAGAGCAACGUCGCUGUGACUGGGCUGACUCCAGCUCCUCCAAUGUACAGCACCAAUGUAUUGGCUUAUACGGGUCUGAAAAUCAAUAUCGACUGGAGUGGAACAUACCUCAAUUUCAACUACAUCACUGCAAAGCCCAACAAUGGAGGGAAUAGUCACGACAGCUACACACUCAAAAUGUUUACAUGGAAUUAG